AUGUAAUUUAUUUAAAAGCUGACAUUUUACUUUGUUUCGAUUGGUACUAAUACGGAAAGAAGGACAAAAAAUAGAGACUACGGUAAUAUGGCCAUGAUAUUGUAUUAUUUUAUUUAACUAAUUGGGUAUAUUUUUAGCCAGUUUGAACGAAAGACAAUAAAAUAUUAUGAAAAUAACUUUUUAGCUUAAGUAAGCUAAUAAUCGUCAAUUCCUUUUAUACUUAUUAUAAUUCAUUAUGAUCCUUUAACAUUGUUUGCAUAUUACAGUGUUUUUUUAGUCAUGUUAGGCAUAUUUUUAAUUGCAUUGCUUUAAAUCAUUUUAAAAGUAAAAUCUUCAUAUACUAAUUCUAGACACUUCCAUCAUCAUCACCAAUAAAUCAAUUUAUUAAAUUCUAUUUUUAGAAUUUUUAAUGGUUUUUUUUGACUCCAUUUAAUGAAUGUAUGAUAGGAGUAAUUACAUGUGGAAAAUAAUCAUAUUUAACUCAGCAUUAAGAAAUAAUACCAUAAGAAUGUUUAUCAUAAAUUUCAUUACAUUUUGUAAUUAUAAGCUUUUUAGGACUUAUGUUAGUUUCAUUAUCUGGAGUAGUGUCAGUAUUUUGUUUUAGGAAUUAUGAUUUUUUGUAAGCAGGAUUAUUAAGGAAGUUUUCCUCUAUUAAUUUUUUAACAAUUUUCUUACACCAACUAUUAAUAGUUUUAUCAUUUUGGAAAUAAAUGUAUUAAAAUGAGUAUGUAAUUAUAUAUACUUGUUAUUUCUUAAUUUUGUUUUGCUUAUUAUUUGAUGUAUUUACAUAGUACCCUUUUGGAUUUACUACUGAUACGAUAUUUUAUUCAUAAACUUUAAUUAGUUCUAUUUUUUUUGGAGUUUUGAUAGCAUAUUGGAUAUUUUCUAAAUCAGAUGAUGGUAUAAUUUUCUUAACUUGCUGUAUAAUUAUCCCAGUAUAAAUUUAAAUUUAUAUUUUAGUUAAUUUUUUCUCUAAAUUAAGCUUAUUUUUAAAACCAAUUUGAUAAAUAAAGUUUAAGCUUUUGCAAAAAUGAUGAAUAUGCUUUAAACGAAUUUACUUUGGAAUAUUUUGUUUUACUUUCACAUCCUACUACAAUGACCAAGAAAAGCUAUUUUUAAUUUAUCAGGUAUUUAAAUAUACAUUGUUCAACCUGUAAGGAUCUUAAUUGUCCUUGCAAUAAACUUUUAAAUACUUUUAUUACAUCAAAUUAAACAUUAGAUUGUGAACCUCUUUAUAUCUGGAUUCAAUAUCAAUUUUAAAAGUUAAUAAUAAUCUCUAUGAAUAAGAAAUAUCCUGUAAGCAUUUUUGAACAAUUAACAAUUAAAUUUGUUACUUUCUUAAAAAAGUAUCGAAGUAAUUAAUACUUAUCAUUUAAAAAUAUCUAAGAUGUUGUUAUAAGUUAUAACAAAUAAAAGAAUGAUUCGACUAAAUUUAUACACUUUUUUCUACAUCUGACACGAAAAAUAUAAUAUGACAGCAAAUUAGAUAUUGAAUAAUAAAAUAGAAAUCAAUAUUUAUUAAGUAAAAAUGAAUUUAAAACAUUAAUUGAUUUAAAUCUAUUUUUAUUUUAUGAAAUAAAAAUUAUGUAAAAUAUUAUGAUAGUUCUUAAUCUAUAAAAAGAUUUUUGGACUAAUUACGUCAAUGGAAACCUUAAGAACUAUGAUGAUUUAAUGGUUUAAAUAUAAAAGAUAUCAAAUCAACUCUCAAUAGUGUAGCAGGAUUUAAAUAAUUUCAUUUCUUAAAGAGAAGAUUAGAAAUAUGAAAAUAUUUUACUUUUAAGAUUAUAAUUAUUAAUCUCAAUAGUUUCUUUAGAAGAUUUUAAUAAACAACUGAGACUUGCAAAGAAAUUAUUAGUUAUGUAAUAAGAAUAAUAAGCUUAAUCAUUAUAGUAAUUUCAUAUUUUAAAUUACAUAAAUGGUACAGCAAUUUCAAUCCAAUAAUUGAUUGCAUUUCAAGAUUUUGAUAUAAAAAAUAUUCAAAUAAAAGAAAAUUGUAAGAAAUUCUUUGGAUAUUAAUAUUCAGAUGAAACACCUAAAUUGAAAGAUUUGAUACCUCAUUAAAUUAGAUCAAUCCAUAAUGGGCUUAUUGAUAAAUUUUUAUUUUCGGGAACUAGUUCUAAAAUAUAUUCCAACUAAGAAACCUUUAUCUUAAAUAAGAAUUAGUUAAUUGAGAAAGUAUCUAUGAGUUUAACUAUACUGUUACCUUAUUAAGGUAAUGAUUAUUAUUUUUAUAUGUUUGCUCAUUUAUUGAAGAAAUAAGGGUUUGAGAGAAAUAGCUUAGUGUUUAAUUAAUAAGGUUCUAUAUUAGUUGAUAAGAAUUUCAAUAUUAUUGGAAUGAGUUAAAGUAUUUAAAAUAAAACCAAUUAAUUUUCAUAAUGUGAAAUCAAUUAUUCUGAAAUUUAUGAAAAAAUGACAAUAUUUCAUAUUUUUCCAGAGCUUUUAGGAAAAUUGAAGGAAUAUUAUAUUGAAAAAUAAAUAUAAAAUAUUAGAAUUUUAGAAGAGGAAACAAUUCUUCAAAAAGAAAAUUUAAACUUUGUUCUACCUAAUCUUGAAAUAUUAAGCAACACAAUGAUAUAAAAAAGUUAAAAAAGAAUUGAUUUUGAAAUAAAAAAUAGACAUAUACUAAACGAUUUGAACUAAUUUGAGAAAUAAUUUAACUUAUUCUUAAAUACAUCCUAUUCUUUUUAGGUAGAAUUAACAAUCAUUUAAAAAAUAUUACACCCAUAAAUUAAUGGUGUAAUUAAAGACUUUUUAUAUUACUUAAUAGAUAUUUAAUUUUCUGAUGAUGAAAAACCAAGUAAAUGUACGUUGUAGAAACUUCCAUCUGAAUCAGAUAUUAACAUCAAGAAAGUAAUUUCUUAAUAAAAGAUUUAAAAUUAAACAUAAAAUUAAACUUAAAUAGCAAUAUAAUCCUUUGAAUCAGAUAAUAAGUAAUUUUUGAGUCUUAAAUAAUUGAAUACCUCCUCUAUUACAACAGAAAAAAAAAGUAGUAAUGAUUUAAAUUUUUAAAUAAGGUUUUUUCAAUCAAUCAUGUCAGAAUCGAAAUUGCCUCAUCAAAUGUAGAAUUUAUAAUGCUUUUUAUCAUUAUAAAUUAUAUUUAUAAUUGGCAUAAUUAUAUCACUAUCGGUUUUGUUUGAUAAAAAAUCUUCAAUGCAAUCGGAUUGCAUUAAAAUAAUCACUUUGGAUUUAGAUUUUCUAGAUUCAUAUUCUCAAAUCAUGAGUGGAUCUAGGCAUAUAAUUUAUAUUCGAGAUUUUUAUUCAAUAUUAAAUGAUACUACUAUAUCAAUUGAUAAUCAAGAUCUAAAUUUUAGCAAAUAUGAUAAAUUAUACAUAUCAUGGAACCAUCUAAAUUUAGGGUUGAAUAGGUUAAUUAGCAUUUAUGAAUAAAAUAGAAAUGUAUUCUAAUAAAACUCUGAAGAUUCAUUAAAUAUAUAUAUAAUAAAUGGAAAUCUAUAGAACAAAAUAACACAAACUAUCUCAGAACUAUCCACCUACUUUUAAAUAAUGUUUUAAAUUUUUUAUAUGUCCUAACAAACCUUAAGUCAAAAUAUAUCAAAUUAUUUAUAAGAUUCAAAAGACUCUUAUUCUAUUUAAAUCAGCAGAUCUUUAGUUUAUUAUAAUUUUUUUGAUAUUGUUUAAAUUUUCUAAACAAAAAUAGAUUCUUGUAAAACUUAUAAUCAUUUUAUAAAUGAAUACUUAGAUUCUAUUUCAAAUUAUUUAUUUAUAGGAUUUUACAUUAUUUCAGUUUUAAUCAGCUUUUCAUAAAUUUUAUUCAGUCAUAAAUUAAAUAAAUAGAUGAGGUUCAAUUGUGAUUUAUUUGUUAAAUGCGAUUCUUCUGAUGGGAAUCUAUUUAUGAGAAAUAAUGAUAUUUUGAGAAAUAUUUUAAGUAGAAAAUCAAUAAUUCUAAAAAAAUAAGGUUUUUAGAGAAUUUAGGAAAAACCUUUUGUUGAUUAUGAUUAAAUAAGAUUUCAGAAUUAAAAUUCAUAGUAAGCUAGUGUAAAAAUCUUUCAUUCAUAAGAUUAAAAAAUAGUAUUAAAAAAUCAACUUUCCCAGAUUAAUCAAAUACUCAUAUUGAUAUUGAUUGGAAUUAUAGGAAUUUGUUAUGGGAUGGCUUUUCAAAUAUAUUACAAUUACAUUUCAUAAAAUAUUCAACCUUUCAAUGACGAAGCAAUUGAAUCAUAAUAAUUACGUUUAACUUUAAUUAACACAGUUAAUAAAUAUGAUUAAUAUCUAAUUAAAACUAUAUUUGAUUUAUACUAUAAUUUAGCUUAAACUGAUCCUUCACUAGAACUAACAAUAAAUUUUAAAUCAGAUUUUUAAAUAUUGAAUCAAUUAGAAUUUAAUAGUACUCUUUUGAGUUAAGAAAUAAGAGACUUUUAACAAUUAAAUUUUACUAAUUUUUUAUUUAAUUCAAAAACAUUUAAUGCAAUUAAUGAAAUCGAUUAAACAGAAAUUUUAUCUUAUGAUGCCUGUGUUUUAACAGGUUGCAAUAUGGAUAAAGAUUUACUCAACCAAAGAUUGUUUCAUGAAGUGUUAAAUCCUUAUUUUUAUUAAGGAAUUGUUAACUUGCACUACAUAUUAGCUUAAAUAUUUUUUGAAUUUGAUAUAUAAUUAUAAAAACCACUUAAUCAGUCAGAGAGAAUGAAUUAAAUACAUUAUUUUUUGAAUGAACCUGAUUAUCUGAUUUAUGUAUUAUGGGGACUUGAUGCAAUUUAAUUUUAAAUUGCUUAAUUUUGUUAAUAUUUUGUAAAUGUGUCUUAUAAUGCAAUAUCAAAUUUAACUAUUAACUCAAAGUAAAAUAUUUUUAUUUUUGGUAUCGCCACUAUAUUAGUUAUAAUAAUUAUUUAAUUUCUAUUUAAUAAAAAAUAAAUCUAAAGAUAUCUUUUAUCAAAGUCGCUUUUAAAAUUAAUACCUCUUGAGAUUAUUUUUAAGAAAAACAUUUAUAAAUAAUUAUUACUUAAUGAAAGAAGAAAUCGUGCCGAUUUUGGUUUGUAAUUUUGA